AAUAAUAAUAAUUCAAAAAGAACUGAGAAGGAUUCGAGGCGGAGAUAUUCAAAUUGCAGAGCAAAAAAAAGUGAAAAUGGAAUGAGCGUUGAACCGAGCAAUUCGAUUGCUUGGUGGCUUUACAGAUUGAUAGAGAAAGAGAGGGAGAUUUCGUAUUGUUUGUGAAGAAGAAAGUAGGAAGUGAGAACGAACACAAUUUUAGGGUAAAAUCUAGGGUUUAGGCGAAAAUGACGGACGUGAUCCUUCACAUAUGCGACGUUACGAAUAGUGGAUCGGAUAAGACUAACAACACUAUUAUGCAAAUCAACAAGAUCUUCAAAGACGGUAUUGGCGUCGGCGGUAUGUUACACAGCGCUGUUCAGGUAUAUGGCAAUGAAGAAUGGUCUUUUGGGCACUGCAAACAUGGAUCAGGAGUUUUUAGUUGCCCAUCUGGAAAGAAUCCAAUAUAUACAUAUCGAGAAUGUAUUGUCCUUGGGAAAACAAACUUGUCAAUCUUCAAGGUGAAUCAAAUGUUGUGGGAACUUAGUCGAAAGUGGUGCGGAAGUUCAUAUGACUUGUUAUCCAGAAACUGCAACCACUUUUAUAAUGAGUUCUGCGAAAUACUUGGUGUGCCAAAGGUUCCAAGUAAACAUUUUGAGACUAAGUAGCCUGCUAUCCUUCAACCUGGAUUCUUAAAUUCUGAGUUGAGACAUAGAAGGAUAGGGAUGAAUUAAUCCCUAUGUGUUUCUCUUGUGUACCAUUUGAUGUAUGAGGAGCCCUGGCUUAUAGAUUAGCAGGACUUCAAGAUAUAAACUAUAAAGGCAAUAUAACAACAGUAUUAAAGGCAGCUACUGGCAUAUUUAUAUGCAAGGCUGGGUUAAUCGUUUUGCCAACGCUGCUGAUGCUGCCAUGGAAAUAGCAGGAACCACUGCAUUACGGUUGAGACAAGCCAGGGCAGAGAUUGUCUCAGCUAGCAAAGUGGCUUAUCAAUUCCUUUUGGGUGCGGCUAACAAUGGCAAUGUGCCUGUUCUGGAUUCCCCUAGCAAUUCAAAUAGAGGGACACCGAAAUUUCAAGCUGCUUGGUUUAAAAAUCUCAUCACCACCGGUGCUAAACCUUCAAGUAGUUCAGAUAUUGAGAAUAGCAACAGGGAUUCCCCAUCCACCCCAGAAAUAAUGUCCAUCAGAAGUCUCACUGCAAAUGAAUCUGCAUGAUGAUACAGGGGUAAACUUUUUUUUCUCAGCAAGAUAUUCAUUGUGUAUCAAAUGCAAAGUGUCAAAUCGUUCCGAUUAAAAUUUGUUCAAUUGGCUCUAAGAUACCAAGGUUCGUUUGAAGAUCAUGCAUCUGCGCAUAGUUUACGAGCUUGAUUCUUUAUUAAAGUGUGGAAGUUAGCAUGCUGUGAUUGAGGCAGUGUUCUUACUUUCUGACAAGACACAAUGCGAUUAUGUAUAUCUGUAGGUUUAGAUACUUUCAUUCGGUGAAGCAAAGAAUUCCAGUUUAAUAUCUUUUAUUUUCUUUUCCUGUUAUUGUGCCACUUGCAGUGGCUCAUGUGUAAAAAGGCUUCAUUCUUCCA